UACGCUUUGUUUUCAGAAUGUUGACUCUUUACGGGGAAAGUUUACGUACGCGCGCCGAGGUGCGCCUUCAAACUAACGUAAUGACAUAAGCGAACCCAGGAACUAACCAAGUCAAACCCAAAACACGACCCCGCGGAGCGAUUCGAGAUGGUUUUCGAAACGAUUUCAAAAAUAAUAAAAGUCCAGCUUCCAGCCUAUCUGAAAAGGCUUCCGCUACCGGAAACCAUCGGUGGAUUCGCCAAGCUAACAGUGUCUGAGUGGCUCCGGUUGCUGCCGCUCCUGGGCAUCCUGGCUCUGCUGGGCUAUCUGACCAUUCGGCCUUUUCUGCCCAAGAAGAAGAAGCAGAAAGACAGUCUGAUCAAUCUGAAGAUCCAGAAAGAAAACCCAAAAGUGGUCAAUGAAAUUGAUAUUGAGGACCUGAACUGUCAAAAUGUGUGUUACUGUCGGUGCUGGCGCUCCAAAACUUUUCCUGUUUGUGACAAGUCGCACUUAAAGCACAAUGAACUGACUGGAGACAACGUGGGACCGCUCAUACUCAAAAAGAAGAUUCUAUAGUCCACAGAUGCUUUCUUUUUAACAUGUUCUGCCAUGUAUUUGUGUUUUUCUGGUUUUGUCUGUGCCACAUUGUCUCUUAUUCGAUAACACAAUCUGCAGCCUGUCUCUAAAAUUGCGUUAUUUAAAGGAAUUAAGGAAUCACCGUCUUUUUUUAUCAGCUUGGCCAUUACAAAAUAGUCCCUUCUAAUUAUGUGGAGUCUUUGUGUAAUGAAGAACAGUAGGACCACCUUGAACCUUGAAAGACUUACAUUGACUCUGAGAGCUCUGACAAUCAGAGGGUAACCUUUUCCCCUCACGCACUCCAUAGACCAACAUGUGAUUAACAUUCGUGUUUUCAUUGCACUGUUAAGGUUUCUUUCAUGCCUUUUAGUUGACCACGUUUUAAUCUGCCUUUUCUUUCAUGGUGUGAAAGUUAACAUUAUAUAUGAAAUAAGUUAUAGUAUGUAUGAUUAGUCAUUCCUUAAGAUUUUUUUUGUAUUUAACCUCAUUUCCUUCAUACGGCAUUAAAUAAUACUAUCUUGUUGCUAAUUUUAACAUCAGCUACCUGCAGAGGAUUGUACUCCUUUCUAACCAAGAAUUGCUCUAAAGUGCAUAUUUUUCUCCUUAGUAUGUGUUAUCUAAGUCAUUGCUAACUUUUUAACUACAAUUAUUCUUCAUAUACAGAUAAAGGUUAACAGAUGAUUGUGAAUAAGUGUUCCUCUGUUCUUGUUGGCUUAAAGAAUUUCAAAAUAAAUACUCAUAAUACUUGAAUAAAUAGUGCUGUCAAAUUAAAACAGCUCAUUUUUAUGUUUAAGUUGGAAAACCGUUGAAGUUUAAUAUGAAUUAAAAUGUACCAAAGUGA